UCUAAAUAGAAUGUAUUGUAAUCUUUGCUCAGUCCAACGUGGUCCCUUCACCCGGGCUCCGCUCUUGCCUUCUCCACACUUGUUUGAUUUAUGAGGAAUCCAAGAUGAAUUUGGAGCAGGAGAGGCCGUUUGUCUGCAGUGCCCCAGGCUGCUCCCAGCGCUUCCCAACAGAGGACCAUCUGAUGAUUCAUAGGCACAAGCAUGAAAUGACUUUGAAGUUUCCCUCAAUAAAAACAGACAAUAUGUUAUCAGAUCAGACUCCAACCCCAACGAGAUUCCUGAAGAACUGCGAGGAGGUGGGGCUCUUCAAUGAGCUGGACUGCUCCCUCGAGCAUGAGUUCAGGAAGGCUCAAGAGGAAGAGAGCAGCAAGCGGAGUAUCUCGAUGCAUAACACCGUUGGUGGGGCCAUGGUGGGGCCUGGAGCUCACCAGCUUGGCAGCACCCGGAUGCCCAACCAUGACACCAGCGUUGUGAUUCAGCAAGCCAUGCCGUCACCCCAGUCCAGCUCUGUCAUCACACAGGCACCUUCCACCAACCGCCAGAUCGGGCCUGUCCCAGGCUCUCUAUCUUCUCUGCUCCAUCUUCACAACAGACAGAGACAGCCCAUGCCAGCCUCCAUGCCAGGGACCCUGCCCAACCCUACAAUGCCGGGCUCUUCUGCCGUCUUGAUGCCAAUGGAGAGACAAAUGUCAGUGAACUCCAACCUCCUGGGAAUGCAAGGUCCAAAUCUCAGCAACCCCUGUGCUUCUCCCCAAGUCCAGCCAAUGCAUUCGGAAGCCAAAAUGAGGUUGAAGGCUGCGUUGACUCACCACCCUGCUGCCAUGUCAAAUGGGAAUAUGAACACCAUGGGACACAUGAUGGAAAUGAUGGGGUCCCGUCAGGACCAGACGCCACACCAUCACAUGCACUCACACCCACAUCAGCACCAGACACUGCCAGCCCAUCACCCCUACCCGCACCAGCACCAGCACCCAGCACACCAUCCUCACCCUCAGCCCCAUCACCAGCAGAACCACCCACAUCAUCACUCCCACUCCCACCUUCACGCACACCCGGCACAUCACCAGACCUCGCCACACCCACCCCUGCACUCCGGCAACCAAGCACAGGUUUCACCAGCGACACAACAGAUGCAGGCCACCCAGACAAUACAGCCGCCUCAGCCCACAGGGGGGCGCCGGCGAAGGGUGGUGGAUGAGGAUCCUGACGAGAGGCGGCGGAAAUUUCUGGAACGGAACCGGGCAGCCGCCACCCGCUGCAGACAGAAGAGGAAGGUCUGGGUGAUGUCACUGGAAAAGAAAGCAGAAGAACUCACCCAGACAAACAUGCAACUUCAGAAUGAAGUGUCCAUGUUGAAAAACGAGGUGGCACAGCUGAAACAGCUGUUGUUAACACAUAAAGACUGCCCCAUAACAGCCAUGCAGAAAGAAUCACAAGGAUAUCUAAGUCCAGAGAGUAGCCCUCCUGCAAGCCCCGUCCCCACGUGCUCUCAGCAGCAGGUCAUCCAGCAUAACACCAUCACCACUUCCUCGGCCGUCAGCGAAGUGGUAGGAAGCUCCACCCUCAGUCAGCUCACCACUCACAGAACAGACCUGAAUCCGAUUCUCUAAAAUCCGAGGGUCAGACCUUGCCUCCAAGGAGAGCUGUCGCAUAUCCUGCGUCCUUUCUUUUAAGGGCAUUUUUAGAAUUAACUCAGACCUGGAAGACUCCUCAGCCCUUCAAAGACUGGCUUUCAUUUUUAUAGUUAUUAUGGAAAUGUUGUCUUUUAUACUCAGUUAUAUAAGCAAAAAAGGGAGUUAUGCAAUUAAUAAUCUAUCAGCUUGGGAAAUGCUUUGGUGCUUUUCUCCAAUUUUCUGGUACCAGUUACUUGUUUAUAAACUGAACUCUUUCUGUAUAUAGUCAUGGUUUCAUUCUUAUCAGUCCAACCCUUUGCCUGAAACGUUGAAUCUUGUUAAGCCACAGCUUUUAGCCAAAAUGAGGCGUACCUAGAUGUCCAGUAUACAGACUGCAAGGCAACUGGGGGAGAAGUCUGAUGAUGUCAUAGCUUAUGUUGAGUUGGUGCUAUGAUGUCACCAGAAUCCCAGAUAAAUGGAGAGCCUUUUCCACAACCCUGUUUCUCUUACUAUAAAAAAAGUAUAAGCUCCAUUGAUGUCCAAAUAAAAUCAGCAAGCAUCUCACCACCUCUCCUCCUGCUCUUGGUCCACUUCCUUGAAUGCCCAAUUUUCCUUUCCAUUUCCACUUUUACCUGGGCUCCCUAUUGACUCUUUAUUUUUACUUUCUGUUUUAUUUUUUCCCCUUUAGCGUUGCAUGCAAAGAAGAAAAUAAUGUUUAAAGGAAAAAAAAAAAAGCUAAUGUGGACCUAGCCAUGGCUUCCCUUGCCCCUGACCCAUUCAACUCUUGCUUUUCACAAAAGAGUAACCGGGAGAUGUUUAAUGUGCCUGGUUUAAUGUUUUUAAUAAUCAGAGCAAAUAAAAGGUGGCUUAGCCGUAGGUGAAGCACCGUUGAAUGCCAGCUGUGGAGACACUAGGGAAGGGAGCUUUAUAAGCCUCAAUUGUGGAAGUCCAAAUUAUGAUGCAGAGCUAGAACAUCAUACCCUCGAAUUACAACUGGUUUUAUAUGGCCUGUCUAUAAUGUUGAAAAUCCAUGUACUAUAUAAUAAUUCAGAAGGGCUCUAUUCACUACACAGAUUAUGUUGUUCAGUCAUUAGCUGCUAAUAGCCUAAGAUAUAUUAUUAUUUUUUUCUUAAGCCUAUGGAACCGUCUUUGCUGUUCUGGUGGGCGAAAGUAGACGAACUACUGGAGGAACAGAGAGAGAAAGAAAACCUAAUGUUUCCAUGGAGGUGCUUUCCGCCCUCCCACAGCAGUUAAAGCACUCUGGCUGCUCAAAGUAUCCCCUGGAUAUGGCUACUCCACUCUUCUGAAUAAUUCUGAUUUAUACUUUCAGCAACUUUCCUGGACUUGCCCAUUAUAAAAAGCAGAUACUCCAAACCACAGUUGUGCCUCCUUGAAACAAGCCAUUCUACUGUGCUAAGGUUUUAAUAUCACAUCUCACAAAUAACUGGGGCUAGUUUUCUUCUCUAGUUGUCUAGGCAGGUGCUGGUGUUUCAUCUCCAUUUGAAUGCUUGACCUCCAAACAUGAGUGUGUGUGUGUGUGUGUGUGUGUGUGUGUGUGUGUGAGAGAGAGAGAGAGAGAGAGAGAGAGAGAGAGAGAGAAAGAGAGAGCGCGUGCAAGAUAAUGGGAUUUAAAAAAGUAGUAUUUUACAAAAGGUGUAGCUUUUAUAAGAGUUCGGAAAAGGGAAGGAUGUGCUUUUUUUUUCUCUCAGUAUAGUGUAAGAAUCUAUUUUGGAGAAAAAAAGAAAAUAUAAGGGUUAUGAAGCAUGGUUUUUAUAACUAGUUUCAGUUUUAUCUAAUAACUUACUUUUUAAAUCAAUAUUUAUCAACAAUCUUUUCAUGUAUGCAGUGCUUUCAAAAAGAAAGUUUUGAGUUUCCAGGGAAAUGCAUAACUUGGAUAUAUGAUCUAAAAAAUCAAAACAAAAGCAAAAGCAAAAAAAAAAAAAAGAGAGAAAAAAGAAAAAAAUGCAAACAAGAAAAGGAUUUUCUAUUAUAUUUUAGACAAACAUAUCAUUUUUAAGUAUUUUAAAUACUGAAUUCAGUUAUUUUGUUUUGUUUUGAAUCCCAGCUGUAAUAGCUGAAUGGUUUAACCUUACUGGCUUCCUAAGAAGUUUAAGAUUUAGCUAAAAAAGCAGUUAACAUUCUUGUCUCUAUUUUGAAAUCAAAAAUAAUUUUUUCUAAACUCCUUCCUAGGACCAUUUAUGUGUCCCCCUAAAAAGGAGAAAGAGCUCAUUGAAAUAUUUGGGUUUUUUAAUUUUUUAAUUUUUAAAAAAUUUUUGUUUUGCUUUAAGUGAAAAAUAUUUUCUUUCUUUACUGCAUGCAUAGCACUUAAUGAAAUGGAUUUUUAAAAAAUCCACUGGUGAUAUCAGAAUGUCCAAGGAGUGGGCUGUCACUAAAAUUAUGGUUUACUUUACUUCUCUUCCACCUCUUAAUUGAAAUAUUUAGUUGUUAAACCAAAAGCCUCUGCAGUUAAGAACUUGCCUGAGUUUUAAUUCAGCAGCUUGAUGGUUUGACUGACGUGCAUUAUAUAUAGCUCAAUUAUGUCUGUUUUUUAUGCUAAGAAGGCAAACCACCACACACAGGUUAGCAAACGGGCCUCAACGUAUAAUUAGAAUAAACUUCUUCUUAUACUCAGGGCCUUUAGGUAUGUUCAUUAGCAGUGUGGAAAUACAGUGAAUGGAGGAUGCCAGCAAGUUGUCAGAGCUUCUUGAAAUCCUGAACAGAAAGGCUCAUUGGUCAAAUCCAACACUCGACUUAUCAUUAUUAAAUAUUUCACUUGAAGGCCUAGCUUUCACCAGACUGUAGAAUAAUCUGUCUGCCUGAAAAUCUCUCCAUUCUUGUCCCACACUUUUUGCCAAUCUGGGGAAACAUUCUGCCCUAUUCUCCUCUCCCACCCAGCUACUGGGUCAUCCAUCCAUACGGUCACAGAUCAGUUGCAAUGACCUUCAGAGCACCCAUCCUGAGGAAGGAGGGCCCGCAGCGCAGCACUGCCUCUCCUUGUUCACAGGUGGGUUUCUGUCAGCAGGAUCUGCUUCUGAAGUCACUGCCAACCUGCCUGGAAACUUCCACAGCGCCUCCCCUGCCUCCUGUGACAGGAAUUAGCAGCCAAGAUAGGGACACCUGAUAGCGUUUCUACCAGGUCAGUCCUUACCUACACUGAGGCAUUCCCAUCUUAAUUGUUUCUCCUUAAGACAUUUCUGAACAUAUGCCAGGACAGGUAGAGUGAAAAUCCUCCCUGUGCAUGAAUGGACUCGUUUUAACGCCUGGCGUGAGGUCGGAUGUUUUCCCUUUACCCUUCCCCGCAGCCCUCUCCUAUCUCCACAUCAGUGUUUGCCAGUCACAGUCUUAACACGGCCCAUGGGGACGAGCAAUUUGUGUACUGUCACUGCAUGCCUUCUUUUCAUUAGGGUGACUUACUUGGAGCAGUUGCUCUUUGGAGCCUGUCAGGUCCAAGAAAUCAAAUGCAGUGCGUGUUCCGAAUAGAGGGGCAUCCGUGGUGAAUGUGCAGGUGGCUGUGGUCUGUUAGUUCAGAAAACUGUCGUGUGCUAGUUGAGCUUGUCAUUAAAAGUCAACCAGCUGCCACAAAAGACCAGCCUUUGGCUGGGGGGUUUUAAGCAUCUGUAACUGCUAUAAACCUAGCCAUCCAGUUAGGAUAGAAUGUGCUUCUUUCUGGUUAAUAAAAAACCAUCUAAGAAAAUAUAUAUGUAUGUAUGUGUGUAUACAGUGGAAUUCAAGGACCAAAGCAAAAUUUGAACAGGAAUCUAUUAAUUUAGAAUUUUAUAAGAUAUUUAUUAAUAAAUGUUAUUUUUAAACAUUCCAUUUGAACAAUAUUCUUCUGUAGGAUCUACUUGUUUUUAAAGGAUUAGUUCAUAAUAAACUACUCUAGUUGUGUGUAUCUUCAUUUUACAGGGUUUCUAAUGGCUAUUCUCCAUCAUUUGGUGGAAAUGUUUGUUUAGACCUCUGUGCAUAGAAAUUUCAAGGAUUUGUAUUGCUCUGUGAGUUAUUUUUUAAUCUAUGUUCGGAACAGUUUUAAAUCAUCUAUUUCUUUUUUCAUUUUUAAAGUAAGCUCUUUCCUUUAGGAAGCAGAGUUCAGCUAAAGGGAAUCGGUAACUAUAACUGGAACAGCUCUCUUGUAAAAGUGUAAAAACAGCUUCAUCUCUGCUUCUCCCCACCGCACCCCAACUUCCCAGAAUGCCUUGCACUAUUCAGCUUCCUUAGUGCUCUUCUCGUCCCUUCCCAAACCGUGUGCAGUAGCUUUAAGCCAUUCAAGUUCCAUUAUGCAGUAUAUCUGAGAAGGGAAAGGAAAUAACCCGUUUAAAUUGGAAUAAAAUCGUGCCUAUGCGAACAGUAGCAAUUUAGAAUCACUCUUCUGCUUUUAAAAUAAUUUAUAUUUUAAAAUUGCACUUUAGCAUUUGUAAUCCCUGUCAGUUUCUCUCGUUCUCUUUCAGACCUCCUCCCUGCCCUUAAACUUCCCUUCACCCUCCCCUUCCCAACUACCCCACGCUUCCUCUAAGGCUCUGAGCUGCAUCAUUUAAAAUACUUUACGGAAUAUUUGCACCAGGUACAUUUGCGUGCGUUCACCAGUAGCAUAGCCAAGACGCAUUGCUAACAUCAACCUAGAUGAAGCCUGCUACGAGAAUGCCAAGGAGAAGAGCCAGUAUGCUCUUUCUCCCUUUAUUCAUAGCAUGUUUUUUAAAAAUGUUAUAUUAUGCAACAGAUGUGAGGGAGCAGCUAGCUAUGCUACACUGAAGAAUUUUCUAUCUUAUCCUCCAACCAAAGUGUGCUGAAUGAGCCAGGAGACAUUCUCUUGUGCAUCACCAUGCACAUCAGACUGUCGUCCUCGCCAUCGUCUCUCUGGGCUGCUGAAAAAAAAACGGUGACCCUAACUAUUUCACUCCUAGGUCUCAAAAAUACAAUGUUGCCUUGUACCAUAAUUAGGGACAGCACCUCUAUUUUACAAUUAUAACCUAAGAAAGGACAAGAAGACACUGAAGCAAUAAACUUACAAGUAAGAUCCAAUACCAAAACAAAGAAAAAAAACAAAACAAAACCCAGCUCGUCAUGUUGUGAAAAUGAAAAAGUGUAUGUCCGUUCAAAAUAUUUUACUAUUUCUUGUGGAGUUUUUCAGUGAUGUAAUGCUUAUAGCCAAAUUGCUUAAAGAGUGUUUAUAUAUUUUUUUCCUUAUAAAUUGUCUAUUUUUUAAAAAAGCUAUUUAACCACAAGUUGAAGGGGGGGGGUAAGGCCAAACUGCCAGCAUUUCUUAAAAGAUUAAUGUUCUUAAGUGGCGCUCUGAUGCCUUUCCAAGCUUAUCGUCAGAGGGGGCUCAAUAAUGAUCAGCUGUUAUACUUAGACCAACUUACAAUAUCUAGCUCAUUAGAAGCCAGGAUUUAGAAAGCUCUUCUUAAGCCAUUGAAGAUUUUCUUGCAUUGUGUUUCAUUUUAUAGAACUUUAUAGGAUUUUUUUUUUUAACAGAAUCAUUUUAGCCUCAGGACUGAGAAUGUGGAACCUGAAUACAUUAGCUUUAAAUACAUCAUUAAAAUCUUAUGCACAAUAAGCUCAUUAGAGUCUAGUUUGCUCCUUUAGAAUACCAAGGCUAUAGACGCUACAGGACGUGAUGAAAGGUAUCAGCCAUGCUGAAGUGGAGGGGGUUUCAGAGAAAGGACCCUUCCCCACCAGCCAGCCAAUAGAACAGAAGAACUGCUCGCCCUCUUUCCUUCUGUGUUCUGCUAAAUCACACCUGCCUCAUAGAGAGAGGAGUUCUGCCUUUGAGGUUUGUCUUGGAGAAAAGAUAAACUUGAAAUGUCCUCCCUGGAGAGGACAUGGGAUUUGGGAUCUUCCGAAAAGGCCCAGAAAAAAUGGCUCAGUUCAAACACAGUGUUCUAGGACAAUUGGAAUAUAAAUAUUGUCCAAAAGAUAGAACUAAGAGAAAAAAGGUUAACAUUGUGCAAAGUAAGUGUUAACUAAGGAAGUCCUCGGAAAAGGUGCUGUCACUUUAAGUUCUGGACUCCGUGGGGGGGGGGGGGGGGGGGGGGUAUUUGUCAUUGUAAACAGCAAAGCAUUUGUGUUUGUUUGUCUGUUUGUAAAGCAACCACCUUCCUUACUGGAAGGAGAAAAAAACUGGGGGUACAUACAUGUAAAUACUUGCAGCAGCAUUUAAUAUGUUUAAUUUUAUGUUAAGCUUUUUGUUGCAUCGUGAACACAUUUAUUGUUACCAACGGACAAUGAGUUCAUUAAGACUGUUCAACUAGGUCAGAUUUUUACAUCUCUUUCUAGCAAGAAGAGACAAGAUUUUGUGCAUUUGUACAAAUGUUAAUAAUAUCACUGCAAUUCCAAUAUAAUAAAGCACUCAAAUGCAAAUAAUAUAUGUACCCUCUGUAUGAUGAAAUUUGGGUUGGGGCUAAUGACAUCUACUCUGCACAAGGUUUUAUUCAUGCCUCAUAAACCAAGGCUUAGGCUUUCAGGGUCACCAUCAUCUAGGGGCAAAAGCAGGUGAGAUUUUCUCCUUCCCAGACCAUCACUACUCUCCCACUGCCUCUUCCAUCCAA